UUCAUCCCCGGCCGCACCAUGGUGUCCUGGAUCCUCAGCCGGGUCAUUGAGCUGCUCUUCGGGAUGCUCUACCCGGCCUACGCCUCCUACAAGGCUGUGAAGACGAAAAACAUCCGGGAAUACGUCCGAUGGAUGAUGUACUGGAUCGUCUUCGCUCUCUUCAUGGCCACAGAGACCUUCACUGACCUCCUCAUCUCCUGGUUCCCCUUCUACUACGAGGUGAAGAUGGCCUUUGUGAUCUGGCUGCUGUCCCCGUACACGCGGGGGGCCAGCCUGCUCUACCGCCGCUUCGUGCACCCCACACUGGCCCGCAGGGAGAAGGACAUCGACGCCUUCCUCGUCCGGGCCCGCGAGCGCGGCUAUGAGACCAUGCUGCACUUUGGCAAGAGGGGCCUCAACCUGGCGGCCACCGCCGCCGUCCAGGCGGCCACCAAGGUACCCAGGGAGAGCCAGGGCGCGCUGGCCGGGCGGCUCCGCAGCUUCAGCACGCAGGACCUGCACUCGCUGUCCGAGCAAAACCCCGUGCACUUCCAGGACCCGCUGUACCUGGAGGAGCAGGAGAGCCUCCAGCAGCCCCUGGGCUACGGCGCCGGCCGCCGCUACGAGAGCGAUUCGGACGGUGAGGGGAUGUGGUCGGACUCGCAGGUGUCCCCCCCACAGUCCCCACGCCGGGAUCCCAAAUCCCUGUCCCGCAGCCAGAGCCUGAGAUGCCUGAGGAAGAACCCUGGGAAAGAGGGCUCUUCCCGGUUCCUGCGCAGCCGGACCAGGAGGAAAACGGCUCAGUCGGAGCAGGAGAGCUAAAAAUCCUGGGAAACCUCUGCCAGGAGGCUGGAGAGGAAUUUGCUGCUGUGGCUCCUGCACCCCUGGGGAUCCUCACACUAUAAAUCUCUUCCAUGACCUCUGGUGCCUUGAGGAGGGGGGAGCAGCUCAUCCCCCCCCCGCUCCCAGUCCCCCCCAGCUCGGUGCUGGCAUCUCUGGUGUGGGGUCUGGCCCCUCUUUUUUCCCCCCAUCCUGUGA